ACGAGAAACCCCGAGAACAGACGAAGAGGAGGAGGAGGAGGAGGAGGAGAAGAGGAAAUACAGUUCAGAAGACACCGAUUCUCGGCUGUCAGCCCGUCUCCCCGUGUUUUCUCUCCACAUAACCCCGACCACAGCCCUCCAGUGCAUGUGAUUUAGCUGCCCCCCCCACCCCACCAUGUCCAGAAGUGGGUGGUCCAAGCGUUCCAGAUCGGGGGCGUCCCUGGGCCAGUGUGAGCCCCCUCAGGGUCUGGGCGUCCAUGUUUACCUGUUCUGGUCCAAGGAAGGGGAGCGGUAUCUGUCCCACACGGGGAGAAGCGUCACGGCAGAGGAGCUGUGCAUCUCCGCUGCAGAGGCUGUAGGGAUCACUCCUCUGUGCCACGUGCUGUUCGCUCUGUACAAUCCACAAUCCGGCUGCUGGUACAGUCCAAACCACGCUUUCAGUCCAGAGGACUCCGGCCUCGUUCUCCACUACUGUAUGAGGUUUUACUUUCGGAAUUGGCACGGACUGAAUGAGAAGGAGCCGACUGUAUCCCGUUAUGCUCUCAGAUCCGGGUCGAGUCAAGUGGGUUCGCCAUUGCUCGAAAUCUCAUCCCUAGAGUACUUAUUCUACCAGGCUAAAUAUGAAUUUGUGAACGAGAUCGUACCGAUGGAAGACGUUCAGUCAGAGGAGGAGCGGAGUCGUUUGAAAAAUGAGAGCUUGGGGAUGGCUGUGCUCCAACUGUCACACCUGUCGAUGCAAACAGGCUGCACCUUGCAAGAUGUUGCAGAAAAAGUCGGCUUCUUGAACUGCAUUCCGAGGUCUUUCGCCACACACAUUUCCAAAGACAACUUCCUGACAAAAAUCAGGAUCCGGCGAGUUUUUGCAGAGUUCGUGCGGACCUUCCAGCAGCACACUGUGGAUAAGGGGCGGCUGGGCACCCAGGAGAUCAUGUAUAAGUACAUCUCUACUCUGGAACACUUGGCGCCACGCUUUGGAACGCAGACCUUCCCUGUGUCACACCUGGAGCUGAGAGACGACGGCAAUGGAAGCAGCUCGUUCUCCGACGACACGGAAGCGCAGGGGGCCUCGAAAGACGACUUCAUAGGCCCCGCCACCCACGAGGUACUGGUGUCUGGCACCAAGGGCAUUCAAUGGAGGAAGGUGACCGAGCAAAAGGCGCAGGCGAACACUUACUUCAGGAAUGACUACAUGAAGACCAAAAAGCAGCAGUCCAGCCAGCCGAAUGCUAACGCUCCUAAUGACUGGACCUCCUUCUGUGAUUUCCCUGAAAUAACCCACAUAGCCAUCACUGGAAGUAAUGUGUGCAUUAGCACUCUGGACAGCCACUGCAUGGAGGUUCAGAUGAACUCCAGCCAGGAGGCCCGUUCCUUCAUCUCCCUCCUCGAUGGAUACAACCGGCUGACUGCAUUCGCCCACCACUAUCUUUGUCAUGAAGUGGCUCCCCCGAGGGUAGUGCUGAGUGUAGCAAAUGGACUGCAUGGACCUAUGCAUGAUGAUUUCGUGCUGCUGAAGCUGAAAAAGGAGGCUGCAGAGGAGGGAGCUUUCCUCGUACGCUGGAGUGCUCUCGAUUAUCGCCGCAUCAUCCUAGCUGUCCUGAACAAAAAUGAGAACGGAUUGAAGCCGAGCCACAAGCAGUUUCGGAUUCAGCUCAAGGGUUCCAUGUUCUGUCUGGAGGGCUGGGAUCGAGAAUUCUCCAGUAUGAAGGAGCUCACGGAGAGCCUCAAGACCUUUGUGCUCAAGUCUGGUUCGGACAGCUUCACCGUCAGAAAAUGCUGUCUGCCGAAACAAGCAGAGCUGUCCAACCUUCUGGUGAUGAGGCAAGGUCUUGACACGGACCCCUUGACCUUGAACCGGACCCAGCUACACUUCCACCAGAUCAAGGACAGAGACAUUGUGCAGGAACAGCAUCUCGGCCGCGGGACCAGAACCAACAUCUACUCGGGACGUCUGCUGGUGCGAGGCGGAGAAAAUGACGAGGUCGACGAAUACAACAACAACUCCGCUGACCGCAAAGGGAUCUGGAUCCCAGUGGUCCUCAAGAUUCUAGACCAAAGCGAUAAAGACAUUGAUAUAGGGUUUUUGGAAACCGCGAGCCUCAUGAGCCAGGUUUCCCACUGUCACCUGGUGUUUGUACACGGUGUUUCAGUCAAAGGAUCUGAGACUUUUACAGACAUCAUGGUGGAAGAAUUUGUGGAGUUUGGGCCUUUGGAUGUUUUCCUUCGCAAAGAAAAGGUUUCAGUGACUCCUCAGUGGAAAUUCAUUGUUGCAACACAACUUGCCAGUGCCCUCAAUUAUCUCGAGACCAGACAGCUGGUUCAUGGAAACAUCUGUGCCAAGAACAUUCUGGUGGCGAGGCGAGGUCUGGAUCUCGGAACCACACCUUUUGUCAAGCUGAGUGACCCAGGAAUCUCCCUGAGUGUCCUUUCAAGGGAAGAGCGUCUUGAGCGUAUCCCCUGGAUCGCCCCCGAGUGCGUUAACAGCGGCUCUACCAUCUGCAACGCCGCCGACCAGUGGAGCUUCGGCGUCACGCUGCUCGAAAUCUGCAACAAUGGAGAUGUUCCCAUGAGCGGCCUCACAUUGUCCGAGAAAGAGCGCUUCUAUCAGCAAAAGGGCCGUUUUGCCGAACCGUCCUCCCAGAAACUGGCCAGCUUCAUCAGCAUGUGUUUGACCUACGAGCCGUUGGAGAGGCCUUCGUUCCUCACUGUGCUCCGAGUGCUCAAAGAUAUGAAAGGUUGGUCUUUUUGUUGGUCAUAUUGCUGUUUUUUGUUUAUCUCCAACCUGUCUGUGUUAAUUGGAUACAAUUUUUGUUUAGUUCUGCCCACAGAUUCUGAUAUAUCCUACAGUGGAGCUCUCCCUGACACAAACUCCAGCGUGUUCCACAAACGCUACCUCAAAAAGAUGCGUGACUUGGGAGAAGGUCACUUUGGAAAGGUGACUCUCUACCUGUACGACCCGGAUAACGACGGGACGGGGGAGCGCGUGGCAGUGAAGGCUUUGAAACAAGAGAACGGCCAUGUUCCUGAGGGCUGGAUAAAGGAGAUUAAGAUCCUGAAGUCUCUCGAUCACAGCAACAUCGUCAAGUACAAGGGCUGCUGUACUGAAAUGGGAGGACAAGUUGUGCAGCUGAUCAUGGAGUACCUUCCUCUGGGGAGUCUGCGAGAGUUCCUUCCCAAACGCAAACUGGGAGUGCCCCAGUGCCUCAUGUUUGCUAAGCAGAUCUGUCAGGGUAUGGAGUACUUGCACUCUCAGCGAUACAUCCAUCGAGACCUGGCUGCCCGUAAUGUCUUGGUGGAAAACGACAGUUUGGUGAAGAUCGGAGACUUUGGCCUGACGAAAUACAUCCCUGAAGGCGAGGUCUACUAUCGAGUUCGAGAGGACGGGGACAGUCCGGUGUUCUGGUAUGCCAUUGAGUGCUUGAAGGACAGCAAAUUUUCCUUUUCCUCUGACAUUUGGUCCUUUGGCGUUACGUUGUAUGAGAUCCUGACCCGCUGUGACCACCGACAGAGCCCUCCAUUGAAGUUCUUUGAAAUGAUGCCGGAAACCCAUGGACUGAUGACUGUGAUGGUGCUCAUAAAACUGUUGGAUAAACAGUUGCGAUUGCCUCGUCCCAAAGACUGCCCUCAUGAGGUGAGGGUGUUGAUGGAGCAGUGUUGGGCUGCAGACCCGGCACAACGGCCGUCAUUCAGAUCCCUCAUCGAAAAGUUUGAGGCUAUUUGCCAAUCAUACAACUGGCAGCCAAACAUAAACUUUUCUUUGGCUCAGAUCUGAUUCUUGUUAUCUAUAUGUCAUCACUUUUCCACUAUGGCCACCAUAUAUUACAGGGUAGCCAGUGAUGAGUUUCCCGCUGUGCAAUGCCUGCUGUAUCCAUUUCCAUAGAUGCCUUUACAGUUUUCUUUUUGAUAAUGUCAUACUGCUAUCCUCUCAUAUGUUAUGAUGUGAUAAACAGUUAUGAACUCCAGUGUGUUUUUUUUUUUCUUGGCUGAUGAGUUGAACUUCAUGAAGAAAGGCGAUGCCUCGGGCAAGUGUCAGCUUCUGCCUUUCAAAAGUACUAGGUUUGCAUAUAUAACAGUUAUUAAGAAUGUCUGUAAGGUUACUCUUUCAUUUUCCUGUUUGUACAUUUGUUUGUGUGGAUGUUAACUUUGCGUUUCAUUUUGUAUAAACCUUAAGAACAAAUUCAUAAUCUAAUAAACCAUUUUUCACUUGCCC